GGGAGGGGCCUUUAGAGGCGCGCCCUGCGCUGGCCCGGCGGCCAGGCGGGGCGAUGGACCCAACCCUUCCCAGCUGCCCUACUCAGGUCCCUCCAACGCCACCGCCACCGCCAGUGGUGUGGCCCCCGGUGAGCUCUGAGGAGGAGCUCUACGACUGCCUCGAUUACUACUACCUGCGCGACUUCCCGGCUGGCGGAGCCGGGCACAGCAAGGGUCGGACACGGCGCGAGCGGGAACUGCGCACCAACUGGACCGUGCCUGGUGGCCACGAGCGCAAAAUCACACAGAAGCUCCGCAACGGCCAGCGCAAGCGACGCCAGCGCAAGUUGCUGCCCCGGCCGCGAACUCGCGUCGCUUGAUAUCGAAAGACCUGAUAAAAGUAUUUUGUCUGACUCCAGCUGUAACUGUGGUCCUAAGGGGGAGAAUCCAUGUUGGUCAACAGAUUUGUUUCUGACAUCGCUUAAGUUAACUACUUAAGUAUCUUCCUUACUGAUUGUUAAGUAACAUCCAAGUGGCUAUGCCUUUUUAGGGUUUUUAAUUAAAAGAGCAGCAGCAA